UACAAAUACAAAUACAAUUAGGAAGGCAAAGACAGUUGAAGAGUUUUAGUGAAGCAUACUUAACAUAAUUUAUUUUACUAAAGAAGCUUUUUGGGUGGGCAUGGACGUAAGGGGGUGGUACGUUUGUUACAUUCGAUAUCAGUGUUGGAGUCCAAGUAUGGCCGUCUCAAAAGAAGCUCUUAUUCGAACUAUGAAUACUAUCGUCAGUGAUCUCGAACAAGAAGGUUUAAUUGACAAUUAUUUUAGGAUGUGCGAGGACUUAAAGGAUGUGAAUGGUCCUUACUACUUUGCAAAUCUACUUGUGACAUUCAUUGCUGACACACAAAAUGCAAUAUUGGAAUUGACAAGAUUGCUGGAGCAGACACCCGUUAAUUAUCACGAUCUGGAUCAACUCGCUAUCAAACUUAGAGGCAAAACGUCAUGCAUUGGUGCUUGUGCUUUAGCGCGUGCAUGGCUUAACCUCCGUGAAGGCACACAAAACGAAAAUAAGGCAAGGUGCAUAUCAUCCAUGAAUGAAGUACGACAUGAGUUUGAAAGAAUUCACGCCAGACUGGAUGCAAUUGUUCAACUUGAAAGAGAUAUAGUUCGUUGGUAAACGUCAUCAACAAACAAUGGAGAUCGAUGUUGACUACUCUGGUUUUUGAAGAGGUUAUUAUGUAACAACAUUGGCUUUUGAAGUGUGUUUUAUUAAUCCUGAUUAUUGGUCAAAUAAUUAAGUCAUACUCCGUAUAUUGUUAUACAUUUUAUUUGAAACCGUAUGAGGUUAGCAUUUGAAUUUAUUUUAGAUAAAAAUAACUAUCAUAGUA